GUUGAUUGAAGGACUUUGUUGUAUCCAGGUCAUGAAUAAAUUAAAAAAAAAACUGCUUGUUGAUGUUUCGGUUUUGAUUGUUCUGAAAUGCCGCCAAUUUUUAUUGAAGGUAUCAUAUUUCUUCUGUUGUUGUGUAUUAAUCUUAAUUAAUUUAAUAAUUGCUUAGGGACAACUUGUUAGUUAUGAUUUUGUAUUACUUGUGAGGUUGCUGGAGUUUGCUGUACAUGGAUUACAACUGGUGAUGUCCACUUUAUUAUAUUCAGUUAAUCAUCUGGAAAUAAAUAAUAGCCAAUCCUCUAAAACAUUUAAUAAUAACAAGAUAAAACACAUUUUAAAAUCUAAGGAGAACAUAAUUCAACACAAAUACCGUAAAGAGCUCAAAAGAAAGUUGAAAAAAUACAGACUACGUCCAGAUGGCCACGAAGAUCAAGAAGUUUUAGAUGUAUCAAAAAUAUUGGUUUCAUCUCUUAGGAUCAAGUCACCAAAUAAUAAAGAAGAGUCUGGUCAAGUGGACUAUGUUUUACAAAAUGAAUUGAGACCUAAAAAUUACCUAUUUAAAAUGGGUAGGCGAAAGCAGAUUCUUACUAAGUCUGAGUCCGACAUUCCCAUUGCUAAUAAUAAUAAAAUAAAUGAAGCCAUGCUAAGUGCUUCUACUUCAAACCAACAUGUAGAGAAAAUGGAAAAGAUUAAAAAUAGAAGUAAAUUAGUAACCAAUGUAAUGAAUGACUAUGAUUUUAUAUCAUCUAAGGAAAAUAAGAAAAAAGAGACAAAUGCAUUUAAGUUACUGAUGGAAUCUCGAAACAAGAGCAUUGGUAGUAAUUCCCCUGGGAAAGAUAAAGUUCUUACAGAAGUUGAAGAUCAAGAUUCUAUUGAGAAAAGGAAUGUAAAGGUCAAAAGAACUUUGCUUUUACAAAAAAUGGCAGAAGCUAAAGGAUCACUAAAAAAUAAGGAAGUUGAAGAAAUCCAAGAAAAAAUUAUCAAGGAUCAGAUGGAAAAGAGAGCUGAAAGGUUAAAGAGUUUGAUUCUACGAUAUGAAUCAAAACCUACAUCUAAAAUAAAGAAAAAAAAAAUUAUAGAAACAGAAUUAAUGAAACUUUCUCCCAAGAUUGAUGAAGACCAAGUAUCUCAUAAACGUAAGUUGAGUCUAGUUGACUUAUUUCAAGAUUCUGUAAUAGAAAAACCUGCUACAAAAUAUGUUUCUGAAGAAGAAACAGAGUUUUUAAAAAAAUUAUCUCCAUCAUUAAAAAAAAAGGAAAAUAUGUUGUCCUAUUUCAAGAAAAUUGAGAAAGACGAUAGUUCUGCUAAUGAAGAUCAUCAAAGUGAUAAUGUUAUAAUCAAAGUUAAAUUAAAUUCAAAAUCUAAGAAGAAAAUAAAGAAAAAGAAGUUAAGUUUAAAUAAAGAAUCAUGUGAUGAUGUGAAAUUAAUUGAUCCUAAUGAUUCAGUUAACAUGAAAGAUGCUUGUACAGUGACAGUAUUUCCUGAUGAAAACAACACUACAAUUAUAAAAGAAAAGAAUGUCAAUAAGCAUAUUGUAAAUCCUGAAGUAGAGGUAGAGAGGCCUCGACGAAAUAUAAAAAGACCAGCUAAAUAUACUGAUGAAGUUUUAAUUUCUAGUUCUGAUGAAGAACUUCACAUCUUUACUCCAAAGAAGAAGAAACGGUCAGAGCCUAAAAUCGAUUAUGAUUACGAAGGUAAUGAUGAAAUCAAACAAAAUUUAGCUUCGGAAAUCAAAAGAGAAACCAGGGAAGUAACUAAAUCUAAAGUUGAAUCCGGCAAGCAAAGUUAUGAUAAACUCAAACCAAAGUUGCCUUUGAAAGUAAAAAAGGAAGCCAGAGAAGAAACUAAAUCUAAAUUCAAAAUAAAGUCUGGUGAUCAGCAAAAGAAGCCAACUAAAUUAGCCCCUAUUUUCAAUACAAAACUACAAUUGGAUGUAGCAGCUCUCGAAGCUAAGCAAAGGUUUCUAAGUAGUGGUGUUCCAGAUAAAUUAAAGAAGGUAAUUGAAAAGCAAAAUAAUAUAAAAUUUGGAUCCACCAUUUUUGACACUGUUGUUCAUAUACAGCAAAUUGAAACUUCUUUGCUAAAAGCAAAUGCAAUAGAUUAUAACAUAAUUAGUUCUGAUGAUGAUUUUGAGUGUUUAUGGGAUGCUAAAGAUUUAUUUAAAAACUUGUUGAGUUAUGAAAAUCAGCAUAAUAAAAUAAGAAAUUUCAAUGAGAUAUCAACUGAAAACGAAAUACAAAAAGUUUUACUUAACAUAAAAAAGGAAUAUCCUAAAUUUCCAGUUUAUCGUACAUAUAGAUUGCUAAAGGAUAAAAAUAGGGGAGAGUACAGAGACAACAGUUUUCUUGAUCUUGAUAAUAGUGUGGAAAUAAUAAAUGGAGUGAUUGAUGUGGGCAUUGAUAGUCCCGAUCGACUAAAUUGGACUGACAAAUACAAGCCUAUGAUGUCAAAAGAAAUAAUAGGUAAUUUCGAAACUACCAAAGAGUUAAAAAAAUGGUUGGUUUCAUGGACUGAAAAUGAUGUUAAAAGUAAAAAACACAAUAGUAUUGAUUCUGACUCAUCUGAUUUCUAUUAUUCAGAUACUGACAGUAAAGAUAGUGUGAAAGUAACCAACAAUCUUCUUAUAUUGAAUGGCCCAGUGGGGAGUGGUAAAACAUCGAUUGUGUAUGCCGUAGCUAUGGAAUUAGCUAUAAAAGUACUAGAAGUAAACGCCAGUAGCAAAAGGACUGGAAAAAUCAUGUUACAAGACUUACAGGAAGCUACACAGUCUCAUAAAGUUAAUAGAGGAAAGGGUAGCAGUCAAGAAUAUUCUCAAAAAUCACAAGAGGCAAUUCAAGUAGAAAUCUCGGCAAAGACUAAAAAGCGUGGCAGACCGAAAAAGUCUCUAGAGAAAUUAUCAAAAAAGAUUGAAAGUGUUUGUAAAAAUGAAGUGUCAAGUCAACCACUGAGUCAAGAUAGUACUCGAACUUGCAUGUCUCUUAUUCUCAUUGAUGAUGCUGAUAUAGUGUUUGAGCAGGACGAUGGAUUUUGUUCUGCAAUUGUUCAAUUAGUUCACUGUUCUAAGCGUCCUGUUAUCUUAAUUACGACAUCAACUACAUGUUCACAUUUACAAAGGUUUAUACAAACAGCAAAAAUUAUUAACACUUACCCUUUGCAACCUAGAAUGUUAGGAACUUGGUUAGAUAUUCUGUGUUUAGUAGAAAAUAAUAUUUGUAGUCCUGGAAUGGGAGCACACUUGCUGAACUAUUUUCAUGGGGAUAUAAGAAAAACUAUAAAUUAUCUGCAGUUUUACUUCACAAAAGUUGCUUUGACAAAUGAAAAAACUCAAGCUCGAUGCAAUGACUUAAAGUUGAAUGUAGAUGAUGAAAAUUCAGGCAUGUCUUGGUCUGAUAGAGAAGUUAAAGAAGAAAAUAAUGAUAUUUUGAGUGCAAAUUCUGAAAACAUUGACAGCCUAACUUGGUAUUUAUCCUACGAAAAAAAAAAUUUACUCCAUUUUGAAUUUCCUAUUAAACUAUUCAACAUGUGGUGGAAUCUGCCACGGUUUUUAAAUGUACCUUUAGAUGAUGUCCAAGUAAAAGAAAUAACAGAACAAAAACAUUUCAAACAAAGUAAAAAGUCUUUGGAAAUGCUGGCAAUAUCAAGUGCACUUGAUGCAAUUUCUGUAUCAGAUUAUUUUCGAAGGAGACAUUUUGAUAAUGAUAUUUCAGAUCCACCAUGGCUUAACAGAGAACAAGAUAGUGUUUCAGAACAGGAGGCAUUAGAUGAUUACAAUAAAUGUGAAAUACUAGUGGAUGAAAUUUCACAUGCUAUAGUAGCAGGAUCCAUAGUGCAUUUUCAGAAAACAUUAGCCAUUGACCAUGAUAAUAAUUUACAAAUUCCAGGCAUGAAUGUUCAGAGAGAUAGGAACAAGACAAUUUCCCGACAUAAUAAGUUGACAAACUUUUUGAACUCAUCUGCUGCGUUGGAUCGAAGAGGACUCGGACUUGAUUAUUGGUCAAGUUGUCGUACUAUAUGUCGUAUAGAAAAAACUAAAACGGAUACUAAUCUUAAAAGGAAUAAUCGUUACUGUCAUUAUCUUAAGUCUUUAAAUGUUUUGUGUAACAAUGAUUAUUUUGAUAAUCUUAGUAAGGGUUUAUGCCUUCGCAAAGAUUGAAUUUCUUGGAGUUGUAUUUAUUCCUGUUUUAUUGAAAUUUGUAUCGAUUCGGGCACGAUUAUCCAAACUUAAAACUAAAAUUGGUCUUCACUUUUCAUUCUGUGUACAGAAUGACAAGAAUAGUGAUCUCAAAUUUAAUUUUAAGUUAAGAGAACCGGGCCGAAAUCGGCACUAUUUUAUAUUUAUGUUGUAUGUAGUUAAUGUAGAAUGGUUUCAUCAAUUACUGUUAUUACUUAUUAAAAAUAAUUUUAUGCUUCGUAGGCACGUGAUUUCUUUUAUAUUAAAUUAAAACUUCUUCGUGUAUUAAAUGAUACUUUAAUUUAGUAUAAAAGUUGCGGCCCCACUUUGAGGAGUCAAUUUAAUUUAUAGUAGCCCAAGCGAGGAUUUUUGGAUUUUCUCAAGCGCGGCAGAAUAGCAUAAGGAGGGUAACCUUGUACCUUAUGAAAUACUCGCACCAUACUUGAGCCCUUUAUAUCGGGUCAAACGUCUAGGGCAGCAAAAAGAAUCAAUUAACGGCCAUGACUUUUGGUUGCGUCCAAAAUUCCUAAUUGUCAGUCUUUUGACAAUAGGAGCUCCUGGACGGUUCACGUAACAUUCCUUCUUAAUGUCUGAUGCGCUCGAUUUUUUUCCAAUAUUCUACCCUUUCGUACGGCGGCGACCCCCACACCAUGCAAACCCGCAGAUUAAUAUUUUUUCCGUCAUCAGAAACGGUACCCCUCCAGAAGCUUCUAUUUCAAAAACUGGCGAUUUGGAUGUGACCAAAAGUCAUAGCCAUGUGUUGAAUUUUUAUUAAGCGGCCUUAUAUGUUCGGCCCUACAUUAAGGGCUCAGUUAUUGUGAGACUACUUCACAAGGUGGUAUUUUGUUAUUUGCCCUUAUUGUUACCGACACUGCAAACUCUCACAGGAAACCGUAGUUCGUGUGUCCUCUAGCGGCGAUCGACUCUGUCACCGGCCGCUACCUCCGCUGGUACAACUCGUUGCUUGUUUUCAGUCAGUUUCAUGAUUGCCUAUUGCGAUGGGCAUUGAUGAAAAAACAUCUUUGCUGGUUGCAUUGAUUAUAAGAUAUAAUUGUGUCUUCAACUGACGACGUUUAGUUUUCUGAUAUAUACCGACACUGAACACAUUUUGAUCGUCAAGGAGUAUGUGUAAAGUGGAAGUAACUGAACAAAAAAAUGCAUAUAUUCAGCAGUAUUGCUUCUAUAGACAUAGACUUAAAUAAAAGCAUCGUAUCUUUUUUCAGCAGGAGAACCUGAAUGACAAAGGAAUUCAAGGCGAUUUUCUUUUUUUUGACAAUCUUGCUUCGCAUUUAUGAGAAAGAACUCUUUACUUCUUAUGAAUUUAUUUCCAUGAAUUGAUAUUUAGAAUUUACGGCAUAGCAUCACUUACCCAAUGUUAAAGAAUAUUGUAACUCCACAUUCAACUUUUUUUACGAGGCUACAGUUCCGGCUUGAAAAUCUUAAUCACCAAAAGCUUUUCUACUCCAAUAAAGUCUGAAAAUAUUUUGUACUUACAAAUGUUCAACGAACUAAUAAAUAUUAUUUUUAUACGUUCAUGACCCCCCAUAUUGUAGAUGUCUUAUUAUAUAUUAACUUUAUGAACUUAUUUGGUUGUUAAUUAUAGUAGUAUAUCUCGAUUAGCAAUUUUUUUGUUUAUCAAUAAUAAUAAUAAUAAUAAUAAACUUUAUUUCUCUCCACAAUCUUAUACAUGCUUCAUGAGUAACAGAUUAAAAAACUUAGGUCUAAGAUUGUGAGAGACUGGUGACCAAACUAAGCUGACGCCUGUGUCUCAGUGCACCAGCCUCUCCCCGCUUAAGAAAGUGUUCAAGCAAAAAAAAAGGAGAACAACGAUAAAAUCUAA